AUGGCUUGCGGCUCAGCGUCUUCCGGCCUCGUCAAUCGCAACGGCCCUGGCAGCGCCGCUACCUCCAUCAUCGACAGCAUCGUCAAGCCCGCCGAGGCCACAGGCGGCAAGACCAAGUGCAUCGACGCAAAGUUUAGUUCCGUUUGGAUCUGGGCUCUUGGGGCCGGGGCGAUUAGCGACGCUGUGGAUGAUUGA